AUGCCACCUUCGGCAAUUCGCAACGACAGCGAUGCUGUCGAGAUCGUGGAUAUACACCAGAGCUGCAUGGACAUCUCUCUCGCGGACGAAAUUCGCACCCGAAUCAAUCCUCCAGAGGGUGUCGCGCUCUCGCUUCCCACUUUACUGCUAUACGACGCCAGGGGGCUCAAGCUGUUCGAGAAAAUCACGUACCUGGACGAGUACUACCUAACCAACGCGGAGAUCGAGGUGUUAACCGCCAAUGCGAAGCGCAUCGUCGAACGGAUACCAGAAAAUGCCCAGAUGAUGGAGCUUGGUAGUGGAAAUUUGCGGAAGAUUGAGAUCUUGCUCCGGGAAUGCGAGCGCAUGAAGAAAACAGUGGAUUACUACGCGCUGGAUCUUUCACUGGAUGAAUUGAAGCGCACCUUUUCCAAAAUCAAUCCAGAAAGUUUUGCCUAUGUGGGACUGCAUGGUAUUCUUGGCACGUACGACGACGGUCUCCGCUGGCUGAAGAAUGCCGAGAAUCGGACGAGGCCGACUGUGAUAAUAUCGAUUGGAUCAUCCAUCGGCAACUUCAGUCGCUCCAGUGCCCCGGAAUUUCUCGCUGGCUUUGCGAAAUCGUUGAAUGCAUCCGACUUGAUGAUCAUUGGCUUGGACGCGUGCCAGGACCCAGAUCGGGUGUUCAAGGCGUACAAUGACUCCGAAGGCGUCACUCGCGCAUUCUAUGAAAAUGGACUAGUCCACGCUAAUAGCGUUCUGGGGUUCGACGCGUUCAAGGCCGACGAGUGGGACAUUUUUACUGCGUAUGAUAUUCCUGGCGGGCGACACCACGCUUACUACUCGCCCAAAGUGGACGUAGUGAUCAAUGAACGAACAAUCCGGAAGGGCGAAAAAGUGCAGUUUGAAGAGUCGGUCAAGUACAAUCGCCGGGAGCGAGACAUUUUGUGGCGCGAAGCAGCGUUGGUUCUUCAGGCCGAGUUUGGCAAUGAUACCGAUACUUAUUAUAUCCAUCUGCUGUCGCCCUCUUCCCUCACCUUCCCCACCGACCCGGCUCGGUAUGCUGCCCAUCCCGUCCUCCAAGCCGAGGAUUUCCAGACUCUCUGGACGACAUGGGAUAUCGUCACCAAGACUAUGAUUCCUCGCGAGGAGCUCUGGUCUAAGCCGAUCAAGCUCCGCAACGAACUGAUAUUCUACCUGGGCCAUAUUCCGACAUUUUGUGACAUUCAUCUUACUCGAGCUUUGGGAGGCAACCCUACGGAACCCAGCUCUUAUCGCCAGAUUUUUGAACGUGGUAUUGACCCUGAUGUACAAGAUCCCACGCAGUGUCAUGCCCACAGCGAGACGCCCGACGAAUGGCCACAGCUGGACGAGAUCUUGGAUUACCAAGAACGCGUCCGCAACCGCGUCCGGGCACUGAUCAAUAAAGGACGCAUUACAGACCGAUGUGUUGCGGAAGCUCUCUGGAUAGGUCUCGAGCAUGAAGUGAUGCACCUGGAGACUUUUCUUUACAUGCUGCUUCAAAGUGACAAGGUGCUGCCACCUGUCGGCGUGGAACGGCCUGACUUCGCACACUUGGCUAAGCAAGCGAAGGAGAAGACAAAACCUAACAGGUGGUUUACUAUUCCUGAACAGCAAUUGGCUAUUGGCCUAGAAGACUCGAACGAGAAAGUGCUACCGCGGACCUCUUUCGGUUGGGAUAAUGAAAAGCCUCAGAGGACCGUGGCGGUGCACACUUUUGAGGCUCAAGCCCGCCCAAUCACCAAUGGUGAAUACGCAAAAUUCUUGCAGUAUAACAAGAUUCAAACACGGCCAGCCUCCUGGACCCAAGCUUCCCAGGAUGGUAGUACCUCACAGAACAGCAACGGUUCCCUCACGGACGAAUUCCUGGACAAAUUUGCCAUUCGGAGCGUAUUUGGGCCUGUCCCUCUGAAGCUCGCCGAAGAUUGGCCAUUGAUGGCUUCCUACGAUGAGCUGGCCGUUUAUGCUAAAUGGGCCAAAUGUCGUAUCCCUACGCUCGAUGAGGUCAAGAGCAUUUAUCAGUACUCCGCCCAGCUUCAUGGCAAAGAUUGUCACCCCGCUACGAAUGGCAUGAGCAACGGAACGAACGGGUCAUCGACAAAUGGGCACAGGUCACGAUCUCAGGGCCGUCUGCCAGUUUUUGUGGACCUCGAUGGUUGCAACGUUGGCUUCCGCCACUGGCACCCUACCCCAGUCACCCCACAAGGUGACCGCCUCGUUGGUCAGGGUGAACUGGGUGGCGUCUGGGAAUGGACCAGUACGCCACUGACGCCGCACGAAGGAUUCAAGCCUAUGGAGAUCUAUCCGAGUUAUACUUCGGAUUUCUUCGAUGGAAAGCACUAUGUCGUCCUCGGUGGUUCUUGGGCCACUAUCCCACGGAUCGCUGGCCGGACGACCUUCGUCAAUUGGUAUCAGCACAACUACCUAUAUGCAUGGGCAGGUGCACGGCUAGUGAGGGAUCUGUGA